AUCCCCACCUUUGCUGCGCACUCCUCUGUCGUGUCAACAGUCAGCCUCUGCUGAACUCCUCAGGCCGGCCAUGGGAGACACUCUGUGCAGCGGGAUCCUGUACCUGAUGACAUGCUGCUGCUGUUGCUCUUCCUCAGACCCCGGCUCGGACGGCUCAGGCCUCUGCGCCUCGACAUCCGUCUUCCCGUGCCUCAGCAGCAGCGCGAGGAACCGCGACCCGCGCGAGGCGGCGCUGGAGCGCGAGUUUUUGGAGCGCGGGUACAGAAAGGAUCCGGGGUCGGGGCGCAUCACGACUGCGCGAAAAGACUCCGAUCAGGCGGAGAAGGCUGGUGGCACGGGCACGGUUUCGGAUCCGCCGGGGAGGAUAGAGGGUCUGCCGAGAGUCGGGGCCGGUGGCGUGGCGGGUGAUGGGAAUUCUGCUGGCAUCAACUUUUGAAUUUUGGACGUCUCUCAUAUUGGCUUGUCAGCUUGUGCGAUAGGACGCACCAGAAACCCGGUUCCCCACAUAGCCAUCCGAAUCAACGGUCAUCGUCAUCAUCAUGGACUGAGAAUCUUGCGAGACUGAAUCGGGUCGGUACUCCAGUUCUUGUAUCUGAUAUGUACCUCUUCCACAGUAACUGCAUUUGCUUUUGAACAAA